UUGCUGAAUGCUGGGCUAGACCACAUUGUUUUCAUGGUGAUGCUGGUAGCACUAAUCAUCAAGUACGUCCUGUUUGAGUCACAAGGCCAGCUUGAAGAGAGUCUUAUUCAUGACAGUCUUAUUACGCCUCAAGACACUUUGGACAACUCAAGGAUAAAUAAUAAAGGGGGCUUAAACACGUCAGGAAUACUCCGCCAGCGCACCAGGAGCAGGACAACUAGUUGCAACUCACAGUGGGAAGAGAUCCCACCAAAGAAAACAGACUGUGGUUCUCAGACGGACAAGGAAGCAAUGAUCCUUAGGGGAUAUUGUCUUGAAAAGGAGGAUGAGAAACCCCCAAGAAGCAUCGAUGAAUGUCUUCUGAUCAUGAACUCUGAAGCAGGUGUGAGGUCCCUGACCGAUCAAGAGAUAGUGCAAAUGGUGGAGAAGAAGCAUGUGCCAGGAUACAAGUUGGAGACAGUGCUAGGAGACCCACUAAGGGCAGUGGCCAUUCGCAGGAGUGUCGUUGCACCGCACACUGCAUCCCAGAAUUCCUUGGAGACUUUACCCUUUGAUCACUACGAUUAUACAAAGGUAAUGGGAGUGUGCUGUGAAAAUGUCAUAGGGUACGUGCCAGUACCAGUUGGUGUCGCAGGGCCACUCUUGGUCAAUGGGAAAAAGUACAUGAUACCCAUGGCAACAACUGAAGGCUGCUUAGUAGCCUCGACAAACCGUGGAUGUCGAGCACUUGUUGGUGGUGUCAAAAGUGAAGUGAUCCGUGAUGGCAUGACUCGAGCUCCAAGUGUAAGGAUGCCAGCUGCCCAAGCUACGCAAGUGUACAAGUGGAUUCGGAAGAAGGAGAACUUUGCCAUCAUCAAAGAGGGAUUCGAUUCUACAAGCCGGUUUGCUCGUCUUCAAGAUUUGCACGUUGGUUUGGCAGGAAGGUUGCUCUACAUGCGCUUUGUGGCCCAGACUGGUGAUGCUAUGGGGAUGAACAUGGUCUCAAAGGGUACAGAAGCAGGACUAAAAGCCUUGAAGAACCAUUUUCCAGAGCUUGAAGUUUUGAGUGUCAGUGGCAACUAUUGUGUGGACAAGAAACCAUCUGCAAUAAACUGGAUUGAGGGUCGUGGGAAGUCUGUAGUUUGUGAAGCUGUUGUUCCUGGCAAAGUGGUAACGUCAGUCUUGAAAACCACUGUCGCUGCUCUCGUGGAGGCUAACGGACGAAGAAUUUGAUUGGUCCUCUUAGCUGGUUCCAUUGGAGGCAACAAUGCCCAUGCUGCAAAUAUUGUGGCUGCUGUGUACAUUGCUUGUGGACAGGAUCCGGCCCAGGUCGUGGGUAGCAGCAAUUGCAUGACACUGAUGGAGUCUUGGGGCGAGUACAAUGAGGACCUCCACAUCACGGUCACGAUGCCCUCACUAGAGGUGGGAACGGUCGGAGGUGGAACGGGACUUCACCCACAGUCUGCCUGCCUGAACAUGCUGGGGGUCAAAGGUCAGUCCGUGGGUAAGGAUCAGUUUUAGGAUCAAUUCAUAUUGCCUGCAAACUGAUGUCCUUUCCUUUGGUUGGUUUAU